UGUCCCUGUCGCAUCCCGGAUCCCUCAGUUCAAGGGGGAGGGGGAUGAUUCCCUCCUUUUCCCAAGGGAACAGCCCGGAUCCCCCCCCUCCCUGCAGCCACCAGCUGCCAGGGCUCCGACUGCUCCCGGAUCAGAUUAGCUGAUGGAUCCCCAAAAUAGGAUCCCCAGAAUAGCCGGGGCCGGAUCCUGCUCUGGGGGUUUUCCAGGAAGGCUUUUCCCUGGAUUCAUGGAUGACGCUCAUUGAAAUCCAGCUCUCGCCUUGCUGCUGGGGCAGCCGGAGCCGCCUCCGCCCCUAUUCCAGGGAAAGAGAAGCGACCUGUGCCCCGAUCCCACCCGAAUUCCGGCACCGCCCUCCCUGCCCGGGAAUUCCCGGCGCUCCCCGGCAGCGGGUGGGGCUCGGAGCCGCCCCAGGAGCUGCCUUCCCUGGAUUUAAGUUGUUUUCCCUGGAUUUAAGUUGGUUUUCGUUGUAUUUUCCCCCUUUCCCGGCUUCCGUUGGUCACCGCGGGGGGAAACUGAGGCACGGGAAGGGCUCGGCCACGUUUCCCAGCUGUAUCCCAGCAUUUCCUCAUCCCUGGCUUUUCCUUAUUGGCAAAGAUCCCGGAUCUUGGUGUUUUCCUGAUCCUGGAGGACCCAAUCCCCUCCGUGGAAGUGCCGGCGCUGCCGGGUCCGCACCAGCUCAUCCCUCAUCCCGAUCCGGCACUGGCUGCUCCAGGGAAGCCACCGGCUCCGGAGCGGACACCGGGAGAGCUUGGGAACCCGCUGAGAUGUCCACCAAGGCACCCAUCUACCUCAAGAGGGGCAGCAGGAAGGGGAAGAAGGAGAAGCUCCGCGACAUCCUGUCCUCGGACAUGAUCAGCCCCCCGUUGGGUGACUUCCGACACACCAUCCACAUCGGCAGCGCCGGCCAAGGGGACACCUUUGGGGACAUCUCCUUCCUCCAGGGCAAGCUCCACCUCCUGCCCCGGCCCCAGCCCAGCUUCUCCUUCUCCAGGACCUCCACGGUGUCCGGGCACGAGGUGCCGGCGCCGGGGAGCCCGUCCCCGCUGCUGAAGAACGCCAUCUCCCUGCCCACCAUCGGUGGGCCUCAGGCCAUCACGCUCCCAUCGGCGCCAGCACCUCCCAAACCACCGCGGCUCCACCUGGAGGACCUCGGGAAGAGGGAUGAGGAUGAGGAGAGCGGCACCAUCCCACCCAAUGGCUUCACCCCCGAGGAGGAGCCGGGCAGCGCCGAGCCCUUCCUGUCCCACGCGGGCUCCCUCCUCUCCCUCCACGUGGAUUUGGGACCAUCCAUCCUGGAGGAUGUUCUGCAGGUGAUGGAGAAGCACCAAGCAGAGGCGGGGGGGGGAGCUCCACCAGCUUCAGGCCUUCAGGAGAGCUUGACGUGAAGGCAACCACAGGGGAAGACGUUGGCCAAUGGUUGAUUGGGGGGGGUUUGGGGGGUUCUUUGGGGUGAAGUUGGUUCUUCAACCAAGCCCUGUGGAUCCUCUACCUCCGGAGCUGUGGUGGGACAUGGACACGGCACCGUUGUCACCGCGGUGCCGGGUGGGUGACACUCGCUGGGGGGGUUUUGGGGGGGGUUUGUGCUUGAAGAGGAGCCGUGGUUGGAGCUUGGUCAUGGUGAAGUUCAACCAAGCACCCAAGUCGUGGAGGUGAUGCCGUGUGUUGGUGGCACUCUUGGAACAUCACCCAAAUCCCAACGUUUCCACGGCGAAUGCGGCUUCACUCUUGUGCCGGGAAGUGAAAAUCCCUCUUGGGAUGGAUUCUGGGAAUAAAAUCCAUGGUUGGAGCUUGGUGGAAUUGGAAGAUGAAGAGAAAGCCAAGUGAGGAGUGAGCGACCACCCGGCCCCAUUCCCGUGCUGGGGGGUGGGAUCCAUCCUCACCGGCACCGUUCAUCCCCACGGGAUGGAGGGAUGAGAGGUGAACGGCUUCGGAAUUCCGAGCCUUGCUGCUUUUAUUGGAUAACUCGCAUGGAACCACUGGAAUUCUGGCUAUGGAGCAAGCGCGGCCUCAGCUCCUGGACUCCAGCACUAAACUCCCAUCAUUUUCAACCCUUUCUGGGAAUUUCGGCCACUUUUGGAUGGCAACAUCCCAAAACCUGGAAUUCCACCCAAAUUCCAACCUUCCAUUAAGCCGGGUCCAGCCACUGGGUUGAGCUUCAGCUUCAACUGAAGCUCUUCCAGCUCCAUUCUCACCCAGUCCAAGCUCCAAUGGGAGAUCCAGCACCAUUCCCAAAUCCCCUCUUUCCUCCCACUUGGUUUAUCAACCAAUUUGAAGGGAAAAACCCCGGGAUUGGAUCAUUUUGGGUGGUUUUCCAAGUGUUUUGUGGGAGGUUUGGCAUUCCCAUGUCUUCAUGUGGUUGGACACCACCAAAUCAGCUUAGAGUGAGCUGGGGAUGGGGAUGUUCCUGUUUGGCCCAACUUCCUCAUGAUUCCCAGCAGUAAUCCCGAAAGUCGUUGCCUGGAUUGGGAAUUCUGAGAUAAUCCCACACAGGUAACAGCCCCAAAUCCCCUUGUUUCACCCCAGUUUUGCUCCAAGAAGCCGGAUUUGGGGCAUGGAUUUGGCACCUCCCUGCUCCCCCCCUCGGCCUCUAUUUGAUAUCAGAUGGUAUCAAAUGAUCCCAAUCCCGGUUUUCCCCCAUUUUUUCCAGGUGUAAUUCCUCGUUUGAGCUACAAAAAAGAACAACUCCAUUUCUUGAAUUAAUCUUUACUUAUUAGCAAUAAAAUCCCUGUGGAUUCUCCUGC